CUUCCAUACAGCAACCAUGAUUCAUACAUACUUCACUAUAUUUUUCUUUCAGCUGCUCUCCCUCACUGGGGCUUCUGAGAGCGGCAUAGUGGGUGGUAAGGUUGCAAAGCCUCAUUCCAGACCCUACAUGGCUUCACUCCAGUUUCGUGGACACCAUUCAUGUGGUGGGAUACUUAUUCGGGAGGACUUUGUUCUAACUGCAGCACACUGCAAAGGAAAUGAGCCCAUGACGGUGGUACUUGGAGCACAUGACAUUAGCAAGAAGGAGAAAAGCCAGCAAUCUAUCAAAGUGGCUGCGUACCAUCAGCAUCCGGAAUACACAGGAAAUUUCAAUUAUGACAUUAUGUUACUUAAGCUAAAAACCAAAGCCAAACUGAAUAAGUACGUGAAAGCCAUUGGACUACCUAAGAAAGAUGGGAAAAUCCCAGCCAACAUUAACUGUGCCGUUGCGGGCUGGGGCAGAACCGGACACAAUAAGCCUCCCUCAAAUGUACUGAAGGAGACCACAGAGAAGAUGCAAUUCAGCUUUGAGUGCAAAAAUAUAUGGCAAAAGUACUUUGAUACUGAUAACAUGAUAUGCACCAAAUUUAACAAAAAGAGGGGAGGGCUUUGCCAGGGUGAUUCCGGUGGACCACUUAUCUGCAACACGAAGCCUCAGGGUAUAACAGCUUUCACCCUUAAAUCUGAUUGUGAUAAUCCCAAGUAUCCCCAUGUCUUCACUAAAGUUCAUUUCUUUCUCCCCUGGAUUAAGACAGUGAUGCAGAAAGUGGGGAAUGUUACAUCAGCUACCAUUUAGAGGCCAAAAAUACUGCCCUUUCUGCACUUGCUUACUGAAUAACAUGGCAUAGAAAAUCAAACAACACUUAGAACUCUUAUGGUCUUAGUUAAAAAAAAAAAAGAUUAAUGAAGCUGGUAUAUAUGAUUGUAUUACAUGUGAGGGGAAAAAACACAACUGAUUGUAUUUUUUUUAUAAUUAAAAACUGUGAAAUUGGGUAUUUUAUCACCAAAUCUCAUUAAACAUAAAUAUAGCAUGUGUCUAUGUCCUUUUGUAUCAUCUUGCUAAAGCAUGUCU